UAUUGAACAGAUUUUCCACGAAUACGCUAACACUAUGCUGUUUUUGAACCUUCACAUACAAUUUCCAUUAAUAAUUUCACAAUAUUGCCAAGAUCGACACCGGCAGAAUACAGAGUAUGUUUUUUGCAGAUACGUGUCGCCUCAAAACCCUGCACCGAAUUGGGGUCGAUGCUAUGCUCUAAUGUUGCAAAGUUUGCCAGGUCACCACCUCAUUUUAGAUCCAGUAGAAAUGAGAGCUGCAAAUCAGGGUUGGCCAGCUUUGCAAAUUCAACUUUUGCAGGAGUUAGUCUUAGCAGCCAGGAGAACAGGUCAUUCAGCUUUAGCUACGAGACAUAUGACCUUUCUAUUGCAGACUAUGUGGACGCAUUUGAGCCCAGCCGAGCAAAAAGACUUCGCCGUUCAACUGCAAAGCCUCGCCGGCCAAUGCGAAGGCUCCCCCGUUCCUUUGGUUCUCGAAACAGGCCUAGCCAUUCCACCUGCCAACCUGACAGAUCUCCCAGUUUGCUUGGAAUUCACGCCGCAAGACUUGAAGCCACAUUUGAGGCCGAGGAAGGUGGAGAGAGACAAGAAAGAAACGGGGCCGUUUUUGUUUACCCCCAUACAUUUUGGGGGAGGAGGAAGUUUGGAGAGGAGGUGCAAGAAGGGGAAUGAAAAGCUAGAUUUUCUAUGGGCCCAGGAUGAUUCCUGCACCGUAAUCCUGAAUCUGCUCAACCCCCUACCAUUCGAGCUGAAAGUGUCCAACAUGCGCCUAUUGACAUCCGGUGUUGUCUUCGAAUCUAUACCGGAAACGGUGGCUUUGUCCCCGGACACGCCCACUUCUGUCAUUUUAAGCGGAAUGGCUCGAGAGAGUGGGGAGCUUGAACUGACCGGAUACAGCACGCACACUUUGGGCGUUAAGUCGAACUGUAGGUUGAAGGAUAUGCGAGUGGGCACGCAGUUUCCUGCGAGUUACAAGGUGCAGGUGGUGCCCAGUUUGCCGCUUCUGGAGGUAACAACGUCUCUACCUCAGUCGUUAUCAGCAUCUGGUUUCCAAGAUAACAAUGUCACAAUGACAGCCAGCACAACUCUGUACCAUGGACAGAGUGGGGAAUGUAUUAUUAGCCUUAGAAAUGUCAGUGAUGUGCAGAUAGAAAUGCUGGAGAUCGAUAUUAAUAGUAUUUUGGAUCAGACAUUGCAAGACCAGAUUUUCAAGUGGGAUGAAGAAGAGGUGAAGAUGUUGCUUCCUAUAUCUCCUAAUGAAGUGAAAACAUUCAAAGUGAUGCUAUUUUCUCCUGGAAAUUUUUUGCUGCCAAACGUAGCUGUAUCUCCGACAUUUCCUCAAGAUUUAGGCAGCGGAGUUUUUAGCAGUAUGUCAGCCUCUUUACCAGGUGGCUCGCUAGCGUUGAGGCAUAACUCAAGUUUCCGUUCAUCUAAUUCCGGCCAGUCCAGCAUAGUAGGAGGCCUAACGACUCUGUUUCAACAACCAUCUAACUCAACCUUUGAAGCGCAAUUCAGGAUCAAGUACAGCGGCUCAGAUGGCUUGGUCGCUGAAUACUGCAGGAGCUGUUCUUUGCUGUUUGUGCUAGAAAUGAUACCGUCGUUGCAUGUUACCAACUGGGACGUCUUGCCGGCAGAAACGAGCUCCCAGUUCUACCUAGUCCUCGACAUCGUAAACCUGACCAACCAAGAGAUGGAACUUCAUUACACAGCGGGCAAGACGAUGUUAGUGGACGGUCAAGAAAGUUGCCGAGUACCCGUACCAGUUGAUAGAUGUCCGCUGUCAAAACUGUCAGCCUUCUACCAGGACAGUGUUGAUAAAAACCCCGAGGAGCGAAUCAAGAGCAAUGUUGAUGUCGAGAGAAUUUGCUCAGAGCAUAUCACUGAAUUUGUUGAUUUAAGAUGGCAUUUGUUGGCGUCGAAUGCUAGAGGAGUGGCGUCGCUGAAAGGAAUCAAUUUGACGUCUAGGAUGUUGGACAUCGUCAGGAUGUCACCCCUGAAUUGGGAGGUAGCCGUAAAUGGUGGAAUUAUUAGAACCCAAGAAGACGUAACUUGGGAAGCUGGCAACCCAUUACCAUUAAAAAUGUCCAUAGCGAAUGGUUUAGAGAAAUCAUUAUGUCACUUAACAUUAUCCAUACAAUUUUAUCAGGACUACGAAAACGGAACGUUGAAUUACAGAAUGGACACUAGGUUAGCUGUUGCUGGCGCUACCAAGAAAAUAAUACCGCAUCUAGAACCAAACCUGAAGGCGGAUCACCACUGCAAUGUUAUUUUCUUUACUCCAGGCCAAUACAAGUUAGAUAUUCAGUGCUGCGCCCCAGAAAAUAAUGUGGCUACCACUAAUCCUGUUUUGUCAACAGGACACACCUGGAGAUUCACCCCCACUAUUUCUAUAACAGUUACUUGAAUUAUUGAUUAACAUAUUAUCCAAGAAGAUGCCCCACCUUAUGUUGUAUUUGGGAGUUCACUUACAAUUUCCAUCAUCAAAGCCCAGAUGAAUUGCAGUAAUUUCCUUAGAAGUCAUAAAAACAUACUGCAUUUUCCUUUUAUAGAAAAUCAUUUAUUCUUAAACAUGACAUCAUUCUAUCAACCCCCUUGUAAUAAUUCCCAAGAUUUUGUAUUCGCUGAAUUUCUUAACGAAAAUUCCAUAACCUACUGCAACAGUUCGAGAGGUGUCAAUCCUAGCGGCUAAAGACGGUGGUGGACACGUAUAUAGUUAUAGGUAUAAGUGAUUGGCGGCACCAAGGUACGCAUGGUUAUUUUAGCGCAGGCAAUGCUUUCAAUUGAAUUAGUCAUCUUCUAGUAUGAUUUGUUAAUCAAUGAAGGCGGGCCUCGCAUAAAACAAGGAAAAUGGGUCCCAGUCGAUUUGUUUAAAAAUCGAGUAUGAUAUUGCUUGCUUUCCAAAACAAAAGUUCUCAUGGGAUCAAAGCAUUUUUACUAGUUUCUGAGGAAUAGGGGGUUUGCCCGAUUUACAAAAAUUGUGAAAGUAUCGAUUGUGGUUCUGAGACAAAAUUCUGUUAUGCUGAAGAAGUAUUUCAUUUAAAAACCGUCUAAGAAUGCGUUGGGAUGUGUCAUGUUGAUCUUGACCAUGAUCCUUAUAAGGUCAAUUUAUUUAUUUUAUACGUUGACACUGAAAUGGAUCUCGUACGAGUUGUUCCAGAAUUUAAAAAAAUCACAAGAGGACAGUUCGCUUCACAAGGGUAUGGAAAAGUCGUGGUUGUUUAGUUGUAUUUGAUUAUGACUUUUAUAAGGGCAAGUUGAUUUUGAAGGCGAAAAUGAAAGUGAAAGCGCAGUAAUGCGACAUAGCUUCAGGGUUUAGGGUAUUGGAAUUUUGUUUUGGUCUGCUUCCGGCACAACAAAACGGUUUGAGUCAACUUUUUCGACGCAUAAUGAACUCCAAUCUCGUGUCUUGGGCGCCAGAUUUACAUAUGCCGUAAUUCCCAUUAAUUACUGCGUAAUAAUCAGGUAAAUCCUGGUUAUUUUCAUAAAUCUGUUGGUAAGAUAUCCAUAGCCUAUACUUUACUGGGUCUCUAAACGGUAAGUACAUUCCUUGUGUGAAAGCCUUCUACUUCAUCUAACGCUGGACUAACGUUUGGCUCUGAAGCUCUAAAGUAGCAUUAGCACCUCCCAUAAAUAGUAAUUGGAGGAUGGUAUCUAUUAAUAAUGUAUUUUAUAAACGCCUCGCAGGUUCGAUACUUGCUGCAUUUGAAUGGUUUUCUUGAUGAAUUUAAAAAUCUGGCAAACGUCAAUCCCUUAUUUCUCAGAAAUUAAUCAUCAGUCUGCUUUGGUCCGAUGAGAAGCUGUUCAGGAAGGCGACACGUAUAUUGAAUGUUUAGACAAAUCGACUGGGACCCAUUUUCAUAUGUUUUAUGUGGGGUCCUUCAUCCUUAAACGUUGAUGAUAGGGAUAAUAUUAUGUCGCUAUAUAAAACAUAUGUACUUUGUAGUAUCUGAAUACUACUGUGAUAGCCAAUGCUUAUUCUUUUUAUUUAAAUUUAUUGAUGUAUAUUACAUUUGUAUAAUAAAUGAUUUUCAAC